AUCCAAAUCAACGUCCAAGUCAGCAGGGCCGGCAGGUGGGUAGCUCACUCCCCUAGCGUCCCGAUUCCCAACUCCCAACCCCUGUAUUUGCUAACAAUUAGGUAGCAAACGUCCCAAGAACAAAGGCCCCCAACUACCCAUUCAUCCUUCAUUCAUUGAUAGACACAAAAAUUUAUUAUAUGAUCCCACGAGUCCACUCAGCUUUGUAAUUAGCUCCCUGCCAUUCAAGUGAGGAAAAAAUUCAGCAAUUUUAAGGGGGCAAUGUCUCCGGCCGGAUUCUUUGCCGGGAUUUUUCUUCUGUUGGCUCUGUACUGUGGGUUGGACCCUUUAAAGCACAGUGCAAUGUAUAAUUUUCCUGACUUUGUGGCGCAUAAGGUGGAAAUGCCAGCAUGGUCUGAAAUCCCAGUUGAGAAAGAUGCUCAAAAUUUGCUCCAGAAGUCUGAAAUCAAGUUCUUGAACCAAAUUCAGGGUCCUGAGAGCAUAGCCUUUGAUCCUCAGGGUCGUGGACCUUAUACUGGUAUAGCUGAUGGCAGGAUUGUGUUCUGGGAUGGUGAAAAAUGGAUUGAUUUUGCAUAUACCUCUGCUAAUCGGUCCGGCCUAUGUGACCCUAAACCAUCACCCUUCAGCUACUUGAAGAAUGAGCACAUUUGUGGAAGGCCUUUGGGGUUACGAUUCGACAAAAAAACAGGUGACCUAUACAUUGCUGAUGCGUACUUUGGAUUGAUGAAAGUUGGGCCUGAAGGUGGAUUGGCAACAUCCCUAACUACUGAGGCUGAAGGAGUGCCGCUUGGAUUUACUAAUGACCUGGACAUUGAUGAUGAAGGGAACAUUUAUUUCACUGACAGCAGCACUAAAUAUCAACGGAGGAACUUUUUGCAGUUGGUUUUCUCUGGAGACGAUAGUGGGCGGCUUCUGAAGUAUAAUCCAGAAACUAAAGAAACUACAGUUCUUGUUAGGGGGCUUCAGUUUCCUAAUGGCGUGUCCAUGAGCAAGGAUCGUUCUUUCUUUGUCUUCUGUGAGGGUUCAAUUGGCAGAUUGCGCAAAUACUGGUUAAAAGGUGAGAAAGCAGGGACUUCAGAAGUUAUGGCUGUACUGCCUGGAUUCCCUGACAACAUCAGAACAAACGAGAAUGGUGAAUUUUGGGUAGCGGUCCAUUGUCGUCGCACCGUAUAUGCAUAUAUAAAUGGAUUGUACCCAAAUGUUCGAAAAUUCUUGCUGAAGCUUCCAAUUCCAGCAAAGAUACACUACCUUUUGCAAAUCGGCGGCCGGCCUCAUGCAGUAAUUGUGAAGUAUAGUCCAGAAGGCAAGAUUUUGCAGAUAUUGGAGGACAGACAAGGAAAAGUUGUCAAAGCAGCAAGUGAAGUGGAGGAGAAGGAUGGGAAGCUUUGGAUUGGUAGUGUUUUGAUGCCAUUUGUAGCAGUUUACCAAUUAGAGCGAUGAAAAAAUUUCCUGUCUUCUUUCCUAGUCUCUCAAUCAUGAGAUGGCCCUAGUUCACACUUUCAAGCUCCUUUUUUAGCUCUCUCUCUCUCUCUCUCUCUAUAUGUGGAUUGGAUUUUGAAGCUUUUUACUUCAUUCCUGAAGAAUCCUGUUGCAAGAGUUUUGAUGUAACUUUUGAAGAAGACACCAACAUGUUUGGUGCUCUGAAUAUUCUCUCUUUGUACCUCUCUCUGGCUUCUCCUGCCCUUUUUUUAACUUCCUAUGCUGGAAAUUUAGUCU